UGUACAUGUACAUACAGUAAGUGAUAGCUGUACACUGCGUGGUGGAAAUUAUGCCAAACUGAGCUCGUCGCAUUCGUCACACCCAGCUGGGAGUGACUUUAAGCUGGCUUAUUAGGAUACAACGAUCAACGAUUCUAUACAGUCUUCCAGUUUCUCAGAGGACACCACUUUUUUUCCAAGUCGACAUGCAGUUCGAUAACAUACUUGUGCACAUCGGUGCAUUCGGCAAGUUUCAGAAAGUCUUUUGCAUUCUGGUUAGCCUAGUCGCUAUACCGUGCGCUUGGCACGCCAUCGCCCAGGUUUUCCUGGCUGCCGAGACCGAUCACUGGUGCGCCGUACCGGCCGAGCAUUCCCUGAAUUGCACUGAGGAGACGGACCCCAAGACCGAAGCGUCGUGUUGGGACCUGCAGAAGGAACAGGCCAUCCCCUUCAAGGUAGAGGAAGGGGAGGUCGUGUACUCCAAGUGCAAGCGGUACGUGGCGGCGUUGUGGGGCGGGGACCCUGGAGAAUUGAAUGGUACCUUGGAGAGAGAUGCCUCCAACAACGAGACGACGUCUUGUGAUGGAGGAUGGGCGUACGAUCGCUCGCAGUACCACACAACCAUCAUACAAGAUUUUAAUCUGGUGUGUUACAAAAAAGAACUGCCUGGGCUGGCCCAGUCCGUGUUCUUCGCGGGACUGUUGACUGGCUCGUUCAUCUGGGGAGCAGUUGCGGAUUGGUGUGGUCGUAAGUUGACGUUUUUCAUCAGUCUCAUCCUUGCCUCUGUGAUUUGCACCGUCACCAGCUUUGUGCCGAGUUUCGCAGCUUACACUGCACUUCGCUUUAUCAUCGCUGGAGCUAAUUUUGGCGUCUACUUGAUAGGGUUUGUGUUAGUGUCGGAGAUUGUCGGCCCUGCCUAUCGCUCCUUUGUGGGCACCCUUCUCGCCGUUUUCUUCUCCGUCGGCUAUGCCCUCCUGGCCGUCAUAGCGUAUCUACUGCGGGAAUGGCGCCAUCUUCAAUUGGCUAUCUCGUUGCCAUGGUUUCUGUUUUUCCUCCUUCUCUUCGUGAUUCCGGAAUCCCCGCGUUGGCUGAUAGCAAAGAAGAAGUACAAGCAAGCGGAGAAAGUCAUCCGUCGAAUAGCCAAGUCAAACGGCGUGCAGCCCCCGGAAAAUAUGUUCAGAGAGGAAGAGGAGGCGCCUCAAGAAAUACAAAAGAAUGUUCUAACUCGUCAACCCACCCAGAUCGACCUUUUCCGGACCCCCAACAUGCGAAAGAAGACCCUCAACAUUUUCUUUAACUGGUUUGUGAAUAGCCUGGUGUACUACGGUCUGUCCCUGAGUACCUCGGCCCUAGGUGUGGAUGACUAUGUGGCUGCCUUCGUGUCAGGGGCAGUUGAGUUGCCUGGUUACCUCAGCAGCUGGUUGGCCAUUCAGAAAUUUGGCCGUCGCCUCCCACUCUUCCUGUACCUCUUCGUUGGGGGCGUAGCUUGUCUUAUAACCAUCUUCAUCGAGCCUGGAGCUGCCAGGGCAACCGUUGCUAUGGUCGGCAAAUUCGCCAUUUCUGGGUCCUUCAACAUCAUUUACAUAUACUCCGUUGAGUUGUACCCCACGCCCGUAAGGAGCAUGGGGAUGGGGAUGUCUUCCAUGUCGGCUCGUCUCAGUGGGGUCAUAGCCCCAGUCAUUCUCAUCCUCGGUAAGUACUGGGAGCCUAUUCCACUCGUCGUCUUUGGCGGAUGUUCCCUGCUCGCGGGGUUCCUGGCUCUGCUUCUACCGGAGACCUUGAACCACGCCCUGCCAGAAACGGUUCAGGAAGGGGAGGAGUUUGGCAAGGGUCAAGUUUUGGGAUUAAGGACAUUGUUCCAGAUACCGCGAGGCCCGCCUGCUGACGAGAACAAGGACCAGGGUGAGACCUACAAGCCGAUCCCCACCGACGAGGUGAAAGAAAGCCCCGGGGAGACCUCCCCCGUCUGAAGCGCCCGUCCUCCGCUUGAAAUCUUCAGUCACCUAUCACUUCACAAUGGUGCUUAUUGUGUUCAAUACGGCAGUGCAUAUUUUGCCUACUUUCUACCUAUAUUCAAGCCCUCUCUGAGUCACAGAGCUAUUCUAUUUCGGUUCAAGAAAAAGCCCAAUAAAAAGAGAAAUCCAGUAAUGAAAAAACAUGCCUUAAAAGAAGAGAUAAAAUAGUUUAUUUUGGGACCAUUCCUUCUUUUAGUUUAUACAUUCAAUCAUGUUUUAGGUAAAGUGCCGGUGUUUAAAAAAACUGUGUUUAAACACACUCCUUCUAAAUGACUAAAUGCCAGAUACAAGAAUGGUAGGAAUUUUAAAUUUGGUAUUGACAAAAUUACUCAGUACCGAGGUUUUCUUGUGAAGAAUACAACUUGGUAGACGUUUGUAAGAUAUGCCGUGAGAGUAGUGACUAUAGCACUUAAUAAAAAUAGUUCCGAUAAAGAACUAGAGUUGGCUCUUCUCAUAAUCAUUACAUGCACUUGAAAAUGUGCACUUUACACGGUGUAUCUGCAGAUAUCUUUUUAAAUGUACUUCAUUUUUAAUCUUAGAGAUUGCACUUUAUAGUUGGGAAAAUAGUUGCUGCAUGGUUGUAGUGGAAUUUACGUUUGCCUGUAGAUAGAUUUUUAAUUCCUGAUCAACAGUAAAGUCAGCUCAAAAAUGAUUGAAUUUUUUUUUGUAUAUAUUUUGCGCUAUUCCAUUUUCCACUUCCAGAUAAAUAUUUUUAUCUGGCCCGCUAUCCAAUGCAGCCUAUCAACUCAGUAGUUAGACAUGUAUACACUUAAAAUUUAUUGAGUAGAACAUAUGUCAAUGCCUCGACGUGUGGUGGCUUUCCAGUUACCAUUUUAAAAGGUCUGGUAAAGUCAUGGACAUAGCUUGACGACAUGUGGUAGCUAGGUAAAAGGUGAAAGGUUUAUUAUGUUUUGUAAAGUGCAUUCAAGUAGUACUGUUGUUUAGCCACACAGUAUGCAUAGGUUUACAAUAUCAUGUAUAGUAAUUUGUUUGCGUCGGGGUCUUAAUUGUUUCGUUUUGUUUGUAAUUUGGUAUUUUGGUCAGUUAAAACUGAUUUGGACUCGGAGGUGGAAAACUAACGAAAUCUUAACCUGUUUUUGCUAUUAUUUUGUUUUUGAAUAUUUCAGAUAACCUCUGUUAAUCUAUAAGAAAGCCAAAAGUGUGGCUUUAUUUUGAGAACAAUCAAGUAUAUUUUUUCUCGCUGAUGAGCUGCAGUAUUAUCUUUUUCAACAUUGAGGCUUGAAUGCUGGUGGUGGAUAUUUCGUAUUAUGUCAGUGUGUUAUUUUUCUCUUCAAGUCCAGGAAAAAAUUGACUUUUCGCAGCAGCUGUUACAUGGGUUUUUUUUUUUUUUUGCUUGAAUCGCUAUACACUAUAUUUUUAAUAUAGAUAUAUUUACAUAUAUUUUGCACAAAAACUAUUGGACUUAAAAAUGGGCUUUAACACUUUUUUUCGUGUUUAUAUUUUGCGGUAUAAGUAGAGGUUAUAUUUUUACCCAAAACAUGGUAGCUUUUUAAAAAAUUAAUACAAUAUCUUACGUCGAAAUAUUACUUUCAUUUUAGUCAAACUAACAAUGCUUUACUACCUUGUAUUAAUAUUGUUUUUAAAUUGGUUUUAUUAGGCCUAUGACAUUUAGCUGAUACUUUUUGGGAAAGAAGGGUUGUCAAUAAAAAAAGAAAACCUUUUUUU